AUGAAGGCUGUUCUGCAACGCGUCGUAAACGCGUCCGUCGCCGGCAAGUGCUACAAUUCAUUCGAUGGCAAGACGAUAUCCUCUAUAGGAAAAGGACUCUUAGUACUGGUUGGCAUUGAUCGAUACGACGAACCUGCAGAUGCUACCCUCAUUAUCAAGAAAAUCCUCACCGCCAAGCUAUGGGAUGAUGACAAUGGCGGAGGCUGGAAGAAGAAUGUGAAGGAUAUCGAUGGAGAGGUACUUUGUGUCUCACAGUUUACGCUCCUUGCCAGUUUGAAGAAGGGUGCCAAACCUGAUUUCCAUGAUUCCAUGGCAAGUCUCCGGCGCGACAAUUCCACCAUUCCCAGCAAAGCCUACUACACUUCUUUCCUGGAAGAGAUCAAAGCGGCUUACGACCCCUCAAAGAUACAAGAUGGCGAAUUUGGUGCUAUGAUGCAGGUCUCGCUGUGCAACGACGGACCUGUCACCAUCUUGCUUUCUUCUCGAGACAAACCCGCCACCAAGAGCGGAACACCCACCCCGGCUACCUCUGGCAUCAAUACACCCCUGCCAGAAGCCGGCCAGAAGAAGGUAAAGAAGCCAAAAGACAAAGGGACUGGACAUCCUAAAUUCGCGGCGGGGGCAGACAGGGAGGCGGCGAACCCGCUAGGUACUGCGGUGGACGAGGUGAUAGAUGAAGGCAGAAGGGAGGCUGGAGCAACAAAUUCGGGUGUCAAUCAAGAAGAGGCCAACAGGGAAUGA